AUGCCGCAGAAGAGGCUCCGCCGCCGCCGCAGGAGGUCUCCUCGCGAAGGACGAUCAUCCCGCCGGCGCCGUGAUGAAGAAGGCGCAUCUUUAUCUGCCCCCGUUGUCGAAUCGGAUAGCAGCAGCGUGACUUCCGGCGCACCGGCGCCCGAACUCCUCGACGAGCCGCCGGCCCGCGAGUACGAGUCGAGGUACCAUGAGAUCCUCGCCUCGCGCCUCGCCCAACUGCCUCUACCAGCCUGCGCCGACGAGGAAGGCCCAAAUCUCCCCUCCGACGAAACCGUCGAAGCCCUCGUUCGUUCCUCCUUCUACGAUGACGAGCUGCGGGCUGCUCUGGUAGAGUACCAAGCCCACAAGCUCUUGAGCCGACCAGAUGAUGUCCAUGGACGAGAUGGAGAUUCAGGAGAAGUUGAUUCGUCCUCCUCACUGAUGGAUGAUAUCACCGAGGAGGAGUUCUCGAGAGACCGUGAAGUGCUCAGCUCUCGCAGACAUGAAAUUGAUCACACUGAGGCUGAAUUGGAAGAAGAGGAGGCGGACAGGCUCAGCCACAAGUAUGCACGAUAUCGCCUCAAAGCUUGCCUGUUGCUGAAAGGAAUGCCUAUUGACGAUGCUGCACUGGAAUGCAAGUACACUCCAGAGCUUGCCUUGGAUUACCUGAGUGAUGGAGCCUUCGGCUGGUGUUUCGACUUGAACCUCUGUUUGCCCGUGUCCUUGAGCGACUAUCAGCGACUAGUCCCUUGUAAUGAAGGGGGCGAUGAGUAUGAAAGUUGGAGUGAAUACCGAGAGUUUUAUAGCACCCCUGGAACUGAUAGAGAUUAUCUGCUGUACUGGGAUACAAUUGUGAAGGAUCUUAAGUGGAUUGAAGAACAUGUGCUUAAAAGCUUUUCUGAGUGGCAUGAAUUGCACGAAAAAGCUUCAUGCCAAGCAGUUAGGAUUGCUGCUAGGUUCACAAACAUCCAUCCGAGGCUAGCAUAUUAUGGUUUCCUGGAGUAUAAACAGAGCACACGCUUUUAUCUCAAGUUCGUGAAAGAUCUCGACUAUGUGUUUUUUGAGAUUUGGAAGCUGGUCAAUCGUCAGAUUUGUUUCAGAGAUGCUAUGCAGCAUGUUUAUGAGGAGAACCCGUUUCCAUUACGCAAACGUGAGUUGGAGCGCGAGCUGAGUCGCUCUGGCUCGUUCAGAUUGGAGGAACAAUUUCGACGGUGCACGGAGGGCAUCAGUAAGGAAGUUCCAGAGUGGAUAGCGCGUAAGUUAAUUUCGCAGGAAGUUAGAUUCAAGUGUGCUCUGCCAAAGACAUAUGCGCAGUACGCUAGGAAGAAGCUCAAGAUUGCAGAAGUCAUAGGAUUGAUUCCCAAGGCCGAGAUACAAGCCUAGUGUGUGUGUCGCUGGCGUGCAUAGUGUGGUCUUUUGGGAUCACAUCCAGAAACAAAACUGUAAUAUCGCAAGGUUAGCUACUCCACGUAUGAUUAAACGCCUACGCACUUGAA